AUGUUAGUAUUUAGAGGAGAUUUUGGUUUGAAUAAUAAUUAUGUUGUUGAAGCUUUCAAGGUACCUUUUAGGGUUAAAGAUGUGCUUCCGGUGCUGCCUCACCAGAUAUCGUGGCCGGUUUUGAACAAUCUUCACAGCGCCGUUGAUUUGUUGCCUUAUUUUAUUGGAACUGUCUCUCCUGAUAAUGGAACUCUUCAAUGGAAAGGAGCUUGCUUUUACGACAACGAGGCUCGCCUUGACUUCACCUUUGCUGAUCCCGAUCACGACCCCGCCUUGGGCGGUGGCCUUCUCCGUCUCAAGACAUCUGCGGCGCAUAGCUGGACCUGUAUGGAUUUGUAUGUUUUUGCAACGCCAUACAGAGUUACCUGGGAUUACUACUUUUCUGCUCGGGAACACACAUUGAAAUUUGAUUCGUGGGAAGAAACUGCCGAGAGGGAAUAUGUGAAGCAGCAUGGUAUCUCAAUAUUUCUCAUGCCGUCUGGAAUGCUGGGGACCUUGCUUUCUUUAAUUGAUGUCUUGCCCCUGUUUUCUAAUACAGUCUGGGGUCAGAAUGCUAACUUAGCUUUCCUCACAAAGCACAUGGGUGCAAUGUUUCAGAAACGGCCUCAGCCUUGGUGCUCAACCAUUAAUCCAGAUGACGUUCAUUCUGGUGACUUUUUGGCUGUGUCCAAGAUCCGUGGUCGAUGGGGUGGAUUUGAGACAUUGGAGAAAUGGGUAACUGGUGCAUUUGCUGGUCACACAGCAGUUUGCUUGAAGGAUGAUCUGGGCAAUCUUUGGGUUGGUGAAUCAGGACACGAGAAUGAAAAGGGUGAAGAGAUUAUAGUGGUAAUCCCAUGGGAUGAGUGGUGGGAAUUAUCACUAAAGGAUAGUUCUAAUCCACAGAUAGCUUUGCUUCCUUUACAUCCGGAUGUGCGUGCAAAGUUCAACUCCACUGCGGCUUGGGAAUAUGCUCAGAGCAUGUCUGGCAAGCCAUAUGGUUAUCACAAUAUGAUAUUUAGUUGGAUUGACACAAUAGCUGAUAACUACCCACCCCCUCUUGAUGCUCACUUGGUCAUUUCUGUCAUGUCUAUGUGGACUCGUGUGCAGCCAGCAUAUGCUGCAAAUAUGUGGAAUGAAGCUCUAAAUAAACGGCUAGGGACUGAGGAUUUGGACUUAUAUGGGAUUUUAGGUGAGACAGAAAGGCGUGGCAUAGCCUUUGAUGAAUUACUUACUGUUCCAGAACAAGAUGAAUGGGUUUAUAGUGAUGGGCAAUCAACAACUUGUGUUGCUUUUAUUCUUGCAAUGUAUAAGGCGGCUGGAGUAUUUGGUCCCGUUUCCAGCUCUAUUCAAGUAACUGAAUUUAGUAUUCGCGAUGCAUACAUGCUUAAAAUUUUUGAAAACAACCAAACACGUCUGCCAAGCUGGUGCAACAAUGAGGAUGGUCAGCUCCCGUUCUGCCAGAUUCUCGGCGAGUAUCAGAUGGAGUUGCCUGGGUAUAACAGCAUAGAGCCAUAUGCCAACAUGAAUGAGAACUGCCCAUCUUUACCUCCAAUAUAUGAUAGGCCCAUUCACUGUUAG